AUGGUUUGUGUUCCGUGUAUAUUUAUUGGCAUCGGUAUUUAUGUAUGGUAUAAAUUUAUUGAACCGUAUGUAAGACCAUUGUAUAAUCAGUUAGUAAUAAAAUUUCCAUUUAUAAAACCUUAUGGAGAUUUUCUUGGUGAAAAAAUAGGACAAGCAUGUCAAAAAUUAGAACAAUUUGGUGAAAAAAUUGGUAUUCGUAUGCCACAAUCAUGUCCAAGACCGCAAGCAAAUAAACAAAAAACAAAAACAGAUUUAAAUGAUACUGGUAAUGAUAAUCGUGGAAGUAAAUUAUAUCCCCCUCUGGAUGAAACUUCAACAAGUCAACUUCAUCAGCGAACACCAUCAGCACCACCACCUCCUUAUACAGUUGACUAA